CAGGAUGAGAAAGGCACACUCAGAGAGCUAGUGUGUGUGUGUGUGUGUGUGUGUGUGUGUGUGUGUGUGUGAGAGAGUGUGUGUGUGUGUGUGUGUGAGCGGUAUGAUGAUCAGGAUGCGUGUGGUGAUUUUGUCCUCAUUGUUGUUAGCUUUAGCUCUGACUUGUUUCAGAGUUCCUGCUGUUCCCGGAACUGUAGCCGAACCCUACAAGCUUGUGCUGCUGGACGCUGUGUUCAGGACCAUGAUGUGGGCGGCGAAGUUGGUUCAGGAUCUUGGUCUGAGUAAUCAGAUGAGCGUCCUGAACUACAUGGCAUUAUUUGCCGAGUUGCGAGCACCGCGCUCCAGUGAGUCUGUUCGAGUCACAGAUACGUCCUUCUCAGGAGUUCAGGCUCGUGUGUUCGAAUCCACGGCUUCAGGGCCACGGCGUCUCAAACGAGGAGUCAUCUAUUUCCACGGCGGCGGCUGGGCUCUCGGCAGUGCACGAAUGCGAUCGUAUGACCUCCUGUGCAGAAUGAUGGCUGAGGAGCUGGACGCCGUCGUCAUUUCUGUGGAUUACAGACUCGCCCCUGAGGUUUAUUUCCCAGCUCAGUAUGAGGAUGCCAUUCAGGCCUGCAGGAACAUCCUGACAGAUGAGGUUCUGGCGAGGUUUUCUAUGGAUCCUCACAGGGUGGCUGUGUCGGGUGACAGUGCAGGAGGCAACCUCGCCGCCGCCGUGGCUCAAGAGUUGGCGUCUGACAGCAGUGUCUCCAUCCAGUUUAAGGUCCAGGCCCUGAUCUAUCCUGUGCUCCAGGCACUGGACUUCAACACUCCAUCGUACCAGCAGAACGGAGACGUACCCAUCCUGUACCGCUCACUCAUGAUCCGCUUCUGGCUCGAGUACUUGAACGGGGACCAGAACCUCAUCUAUGCCCUGCUAGUGAACAACCACACAGCACUGGACCUGAACAGGGACACAGCUUCAGCCAAAGAGAAGCUCAACUGGUCCCAACUAUUAUCUCCUAAAUUUACCAAGCACUACAAACCAGUAGUGCCUCAACACGGUUCUCCACAGAUCCUGCAGCAGCUCCCGGGCCUUCUGGACUCCCGAGCUGCUCCAUUACUGGCUGAGCCAGAAGUGCUGAAACUGGUCCCGCCCACCUACAUCAUGACCUGCGAACACGACGUGCUGCGAGAUGACGGGCUGAUGUACGCACGGCGCCUGGAGGAGGUCGGAGUGCCCGUAACCAGUGACCAUUACGAACAGGGAUUCCACGGAAUCAUGAUGUUUGGAUUUUUUCCUGCCUGUUUCUCUGUUGGCCGGCAGAGUCAGAGAAAUUAUAUCCACUGGCUGCAGCACAACCUCUAAAGCUGAUCUGAGUUCAGUUAGUCAGGGUGAAGGUCCAGUGCUCCACAUUCUUAUAUACCUCAUUGUGAUGUUUUUGUGUAAAGCAACAAAAUUGUGAAUGUUAAAUUAUUUUUUUAAACACAGUUAGUGUAAAGUGAUGAAGUGUUCAGUGUCAGGACUGGUGUUCUGGAGAGUAUUUUAUUACACAUUAAUCACAUUAUAUUACAACUUUUACAUAAAUAUUUAAGGAAAAGAGUUUUAUCUAAAGUACCACAAAGAACAACAAACUAUACAAAAUAAACACACAAAGUGAUGUCACUGAUGUUUAUUCCACUAAAAAUGAGUUUGUAUCAAUUCACUUAUAGAGUGCAUAAAUAUUGGCACUCACCAUUCAGGUAAACUGAUAAAGUAACCACAUUUACUUUAGACACCUAAACACAUUGCUGUUGAUUAAUGCAGGCUUAGUAAAAAACAAUUUUCUAAGUGUAUUCUACAAAUGUUAAUAAAGUUUUAUAAUUAAAUUAUAAAAAUAUAAAAUGAUAAAAAAAUAUAUUUUUCAGACUUGUAAAGGUUCAAUAGAAAAUUAUAUCUUCAUCUGAUCAUCUGCUUCUAUUCAGAGUUUGUAAUUAUUAUUAUUAUUAUUAUUAUUAUUAUUAUUAUUAUUAUUAUUAGACUUUUUUCACUGCUUUAUCAAUGUUUGUUGUAACAAACUUUUAAAAUCUACUUGCUAGUUUUUGUGCCAGAAAAGUUCACUGUGAUGUAAACUGACUAUGAGAUGAUUAUUAAACUGAAAUGUUUGUUACAACUAACAGUGAUGCAUUAAAGCUGAAGAUCAUGGUUCAUUACUCACUUAGCUAAUAAUAAUAAUAAUAAUAAUAAUAAUGUUAAUAAGGAGGAACGUGUAAACUAAACGUGAGCACACUGAAGCGUAGGAAGGUGAAUAUAAUAGUAACAAACACUGAAAGAUGUUCAGAAUUGUGUUUGUUUUUAUUUUUAAUCAAAUAUACGUUGUUUCUAAAGAUAAAACUUUGUUAUUUAAAUCACACCAGUGUUUUAUCCUGAUCAUUGAGGCUCUAGAUUUUAUCUGUUAAAGUAUAUAUAAAUAAUCUGUAAAGCUGACGUGUGAAAUAAAAUAGUUCAGUAAA